UUCUCCUGCUAUUUGACCCACAUCGCUGGACCUCGGGACGCCUGAAUGUGUUGAAGGUUCGAGAUCGGAGGCGAACUCCAUCAGCCCUAUGACAAACUGUCCUCUGUUCUAGUGGCUUCACAGUGACUCUGACUCAUUAGAAGUGGUAGUCGUGUUCAGUUCAACUAGUGUUUACUUUUGCUUCAUAAGCCUUCUUUUUAUGUCUUCGAAGGAGUUGUUCCCCAGAUCUCCCGCUUCCCUUCUAUACUUGACACCAACAGGUUACGACUCCACUUUCCCCUAUUUAAAGCCCUGCUCUUGAAGUGCUACUACCUCCGGUACACGUUCUCUGUCAUCGGCUGGACGUAGUUCACAAGACAUUUAAUUCAACCACGAGGAUGGCGUCUGGCGGGGACCGGUUUUCAGCGUUCAGGUUAUUUGCUCUCAUUGGGCUUGUUUUAUUGGGCAUUGCCACACUUGGUGUUGCAACUUCCUCACCCCCGAACCAAUCAGCACCAUCGCCCUCGGCUGAAGUCGAUCUGAUAUGUCACACGGACAACCCGGCAGACUGCUACCCGCGGAUAUUUCAGCCAUCAGACGAAUUCCAGAUAGUCCGUGAGGAUCAGGAACUCCCGGCUGGGCUCCACGUUCGUUUGAACUUGUCGUCCGGCAAGAAAGAGGCAAAGAUCAACGUUCCAGGCGAGCAAGACGAGGCAUUAGAAGGGUUGCCGGUCGACUCGUCGGUUGUUGUCGUCGAAUCGGAGCAGGCAGAGGAUGUGGGUAUCCCGGCGGGGGCUCCGGCCUACGACGCGGCUGGUCAAAUCAAGAAACCAGUCCAGGACACCGAAUCAUUCUACGACUCGUUGAAAUUCUUGAAGAAGGGUCUUAACCUCGACGAGGCUCUUGAAUCCUUGGAGGACAUAUCGCACGACAUCUACUACGGCCUAAUGAUCGCCGAGGAAUACGACACCGUGGAGUCGCUGUUUUGUCUCGCAAACAACCCCCAGGUCUUCGAGGAAGGUGUUGAAGGAACCGUGUUGAGUCGGGCACGGGUGGCCGCUUUGACUAUUGCCGGGGCUGUCCAGAAUCAUCCUAAGGCGCUUAGUGAGGUUGAGAAGCACUGGCAGACUCUCAGGACACUGAAAUGCCCAGGAUCAGCCGAAGACUUGGGGACGGCCACUUUCCGACUCAUUGCUCCCAGAGCGUCCGAUAAGCACUCCUCCAAUCAUGCUGCCGUAGCCAAAGCUAGAGCAUCUGCCAUCAGAGGACUGAUCAAGAGUCCCGUCAUUCGCAAGGAUUUCCUGGAAAGCGGCGGCAUGGAGUUCCUUCUCGACGUCUUGGUAUCGCAGACCGGAGCCGAGUGGGAGCCCGUGCAGAGGAGGGUGGCGCUUCUGGUCCAAGACAACUUCUUGGAUGAAAGCAUGGGUGCGGCGCUGGGAGAGUGGCCCAGAAAUGACCAAGCAACCGAUCACUGGUGCAAGAACAACGCCGGCGUGUCUGAGGGGUGCUGGGACUGGGAACUGAAGAGACUUGUACAACAGCAUCGUUCCGAUAAGGGGCAUUGGAGUGUGGAGUUAGGGGAUCAGCUGAGCAAGGCGAGAAAGGCUCUUGGGACACAGCCCCGAGCCAGGGUAGAACUAUGAUUUCUGUAGCAUCCGAUAUACCCCGUUUGAUUCUAGACAAUAAAUACACAUGGAGA